AUGGCCCGGAGGCUUGCUCCCUGCUCUUCCAGCGUGCUGGAGCCACUAGCGAGAAAUCACAUCCUCAUCGCGGAAAUAGUCUCCAUUCCUCGAAAACAGACACGCAUCCUCUUCUCUCUCGCUUUGUCUCCUCUCCUGCCUGGCGACAAUUUCAAAGAGCCCUUAGUUGGGAAACCCAAAACAGAGCUCCUCGUGGCGUCCCGGCUCACCCCGCACUCCAGCCGGCGCUGCUCUUCACUGCCGCCUCCUCGCCUCCGGCCACGCCAACUCGCUCCAACUUUGGCUCCCAGGCUCCAGCAGGGGCGCCCUCUGAGCAACCGACUGCGGCGGGCAGGAGCGUCCCCGGCCCCGGGAACCCCGAGCCGCGCUCCCAGAGUCGGGCGUUGUAGACGCGCCAGCGCAGCGUCCGCCAGCCGGCUCCUCUCCGGCCGCCCGAACUCGCAGCCUUGGGUCCCGGAGCUCCGCCCGGCGCUGCGCGACGCUCGCCCCACCGCCCCUGGCUGCUCGCCUCUGGGACCCGCUUCUCCCGACACCAAGCCCUCUCGACUCCCACCCUCUCCAGCUCUCGGGCAGCUCAGCAAAACCCAGUCCCCUCCUCUACACACGCCUCUGAGGGCCCUCCCCAGGCCCAGCGCAAGCCCCAGAGAGAAAGCCCAGGCCGGGUCUCCCCAGCUAGACCCGCCGCCAAGGGUCUCUACCACCACCGCCAGCCGCCCCAAUUCACGCUCAUUCAUAUUCAUCAUUCUCAUUCUCUCUCUCCCUCGGCCCCUCUCUCUCCAAAGACUCCUAACAAGACUGGCUGAGCCUCCUCAGCGGCACUCCCUUUCAUUCAUCGCCUCCCACCACACACACACACACACACACACACGCACACACACACACACAACACACCCCAACCCAGACAGCCCACUCCACUUUUCAGACGCCCACCUCCUCAUACUCCCCUCCCCUAAACAGACUUCCACCCACUCACCAUCUGUAGCCUCCCUUCCGCCCCCCGCCCCGCCCGCCCGGCUCCCCCUCCCCAAGAAGCAGACCUGCACAGUGGGAGGCAGGGACCCCGCCAGACGCUCGGGUCGAGCGCGCCGGACUGACCUCUGCCCGCCCGGGAAACUAACAAAGGCGGUGCGCCAGCCCAGACCCCAAGAGCCGCGAGCGGCGGCCGCGGGCCGGGCAAGCGCCGGGCGGGGGCUGCUCCGGAGUCGGGAGCCGCGGCGCCGGAGGACGCAGAUCUCUCCCCGCGCGCGCCGCUCGGACGCCGCCGGCACCAUGGGCUGCUGCACCGGGCGCUGCUCGCUCAUCUGCCUCUGCGCGCUGCAGCUGCUCUCAGCCUUGGAGAGGCAAAUCUUUGACUUCCUUGGCUUCCAGUGGGCACCAAUUCUUGGAAAUUUUCUACAUAUAAUAGUCGUCAUAUUGGGUUUGUUUGGAACUAUUCAGUACAGACCUCGAUAUAUUGUGGUGUACACAGUAUGGACUGCCCUCUGGGUCACCUGGAAUGUGUUCAUUAUCUGCUUUUAUUUGGAAGUAGGUGGACUCUCUAAGGAUACAGAUCUGAUGACAUUCAACAUUUCUGUGCACCGGUCAUGGUGGCGGGAACAUGGGCCCGGCUGUGUCCGAAGAGUGCUGCCUCCAUCGGCCCACGGCAUGAUGGACGACUACACGUACGUCUCCGUCACAGGCUGCAUUGUUGAUUUCCAGUACCUAGAGGUCAUCCACAGUGCUGUCCAGAUACUCCUCUCAUUGGUUGGUUUUGUGUAUGCCUGUUAUGUGAUCAGUAUUUUCAUGGAAGAAGAGGACACCUUUGAUUUCAUAGGCGGACUUGAUGCACACUCCUACUACCAGGAUCAUGUUGAGUUAAAGCCUGUUAACCUGUCGAAAUAAGUAAUGACACUGACUCUGAAACACGGCUGCUGAACUUGACUUAGGAAGCCAGGCACCACUGAGAGCACCUCUCCCCAUUGACACGUCUCACCUCCUCCCAGAGGAUGGACUGCGCCUCCCUUACUUCCCCGCGAGUCACCGAGUUCUUUGGUCACAGCCUAUGUGUUAUUAGCAUUGUGCGCUAGAGUUGUAGGUGAUCGGGUGGGUAUUUUUUAAGUCAUAUUCUUCUUACAUGAAUACUUGUAAAUUAUUUAAAAAUUGUUUUUUUCAUUUUUUAACAAUAUUUAAUGUGAGGCAUGCAAAAUGAAAAAGUUUUCAUGAAAGCCUUCUACAGUCUAUUCUAAAAGAAAUACUGGUUCUUGUAUUGAGGUGUCCAGUCAAUGUUGCUGAUUACCGCAGUUACCCUAUGCCCGAUGGACUUUGCAUUAACAGAUAUUACGGGGGGCUAUUCACCAUGAACUUAGAGCUGUGACAGCUGGUACAUGGGUGCAAACAGCAGAUCUGGGUUUCAGACUGACCAUGGGGCAUUUUCUCAACACCACACAACAAACCUGAAGUCCUCCUUCGUUCUCAACUUUCCAGAAUGCAGAAUAACAUUACGCCAGUCUAAAUUUUCAGAUUUGUGCAUGUUAUCUUGUUCUUCCUGUGUUCUGGAAAUUACAUCAUGGGGGUAUGGAAGAAUAACAUGAUUAGCAGACAUCUUUCUACUUUUGGAGAGUACAUGGGUAUCUCUGGCGUUCAUAUUUUCUCUUCUUUAUCCCAGUUCUGACACUGGUGUCUGGCCAAAACAUACAGCUUCUGGGCUUGGGAGACAGAAAUCACAACCAUAAAUCUGCAAUCAGGAAUGUUGCUCUUAAGAUAACCAAAAGGAGCUUUAAAAUGGUGUGGAAUCUCUAUAAAGGCUUCUUAAAAAGAUAUUUAUAUUUGUUCAACAUCAAUUUUUCUUUCUCCGACCCCAUCCCAAUAACCAAGAAAGUAAUAUGGGAAUCAUAAUUUUCCAUAGAAAAAUAGAACUGCUUUGAAAGCACAUCACAGUUUUUCCUUUUGUAUCUUUCAAUUAUUAUUUCCCAUAUCAAAAUAAGUUUUGCUCACUUUGUACAGCAACCAACAUAAGGUCACCCAUUAGAUCAUAAAAUUGCAUACGUGUGCACUCCUUCAGUCCAAAAGUUGUUAACUUAGCCCAUACAUCUCUAAGAAGGCAGUCUAUAAAACAUCUAAAAUCACGUGCAAAUUUUUGUAUGUGUAUAGAGGUUCUUUUUUCUUUUUGGAGUCUAUAUAUUUUAUGAGACUCUGUUAAGAAUCAGAACUAAUACAAAAGUCUGCACUGGUUCCUCCCAGUUCAUGACAACCACUGUGGCAUUCUAAAGGCCCAUUUUAGCCACUAGUGUUUGGAUUGUGCCCCUUCAGUCAGGAGAAUCACGCUGAAUCCCAUCAUUUUUCAUUCUACUGAAUAAACCCAACAAAAUGAAGAGGAGUUCAUCUGAAGGGACCUUGGAAAUGAUCAAAUCCAAGCCGCCAUUGCACGGUUGAGGGAUCUGAAGCCUAGGGGAUUUGGUGGCCUUGUCCAGAGUCUUGCCUGUAUACAGAGGGGCAAGAGCUAUGGCCAAAGGAAGGGAAACAGGAAGGCAAACAAUAAGGUUUGGGUCCCAGGCCCACCACUCUGGCCUUGGACAGAGCUGGACAUCUUGACCUUGAAAUUUUCCUCAUCUGUAAGAUUGAACUAUAAUUGCUACCCCCCGAGGAUGAGGUGAGAAUCAGAUGAAAUGUAAAAAGUAUCCUGGAAACUCUGACACCCCAUACUUGAAAGAGGCAGUUAGUAUUGUGAUAUCAAAACAAGUUGGGCCCUGUCUGGAGUUCUUCCCAUACAACCACAUGCAAUGAAAGGCCCAUGAAAACACCAAACUCUUCGAAGUCUUCUAAAAAGUAGCUUGAAAAUAUUGCCAUAUUUGAACAACUGGAAACACUGAAGACUAAAGAUUGCAUUUCCUAAUUAAAAAUAACUUCUAUAUUUCGAGAUUAAUCCAUAUGAUUUUAUGGGUAAAGCUAAUAGAAUAUCAAGAAUGUAGAAAGUACGACAGGAGAAUAAAAGUAAUAUGUCAGUAUUUUAAACUGUCGUUUUAUUGUCCCCCCCCACACAUGCACAAAUAAAACAUAAUUAACAUUUCACAAAUUAGCACCAUAUUAACUUUUGUUGCUGUUCUAACUUCGUGUAAGUGUGUACAUACUGGUAAGGUGCCCUGGAGAGUCCCACACCCUGUGUCACUGCAGGUGACAGAUUUGAGGAGGAAAUCCGUACACUAGUGAUUUUUUUUCUAUGGAUUUUCAAUAUAGGUGACUACUUAAUAUGGUAUCCCAGCAAUCCGUAAUGACAGUUCUAAAGUUCCAGAGAAUUCACCUCUCAUCAGAGACAAGUUCGAUCGAUCUCCUCUCCUCCCCGCUUUGCUUCUCCCUACCUCUCCUCUCCUGGCUGCUCCCUCGAGGUUCUGCUUCCCUAUGACAAAGGAAUAAAAAGAAGUGCUGAGCUUUGCAUUAAUGCUCAGUGGUCAUACUUGAUCUGGGUCUUUCCAUGCAGGGCUGUCACGGUCGCUGCUCCUUGGGAGGGAAUGCCUCCAGUUCUUGUAAUUCUUGCCUCCUGCUUUAGGGAAUCCAUCCAGCACUGAGAAUUCUGUGGGGCUUUCAAUAGACAUGUUCACUAUGUCUCUAUUUGUGCCAAAUCUUGGCUUCUCCAUACACAGUGUGUGUGUGAGCAGAGUAAGGGAAAAUGGAUGUUCUCUGAGCAUGUAAUCAUUUGCCUGAAUCUCAGCAUUCUGAGAGAUGGUGCAGCUCUGGGUUCAAGAGUCCUCCUCAGAGGCGGUCCUGGUAAAGCUGAAGCUACAAUGUCCACUGUCCCAUGAGCCCCCUGUGCUGACUGGAAUGCAGAAGGGGAAAGUUAAAACCAAUGUCUUUUUUUUUUUUCAUCUUUGCAUCACUUUGGCAUCGUGUCUUAUAAAACCUUGGUGAAUCCUGCCCCAUCUUCUAUCUUGUGUCAACAACGGCUUAUCCUUUCUUAAGUGUCUUCUGCUGGCAUUGUGUGGAGCCACAGGCAAUUGGGAUGCUUUCCAGUCUACCUUCUAUUUCCUUCCUCUUCCACUCAUAUUUCAUGACUGCCGAAGUUGAGCAGGGUAGUCACAGGGCGUGGAAGGCUGUUCCAGAAUUCCCAGGAGACAGAACACAUCUUUGGGUGUAGAACAGUCUACAUCAGAGAAAUCUCAAACAUCUCUUCGGAAAAGCUCUAACACCACCACCUCCCCACCCCCAAGUAUCUUAAGAGUUUCUCAUGCCAUAUAACAUAAGGGUAUGUGUCCCUGAGCAAAACAUGUUCACACCACUCAAAAACUGAAAGGCUUUUGACUUACUUGUUUUGAAGAUAACUUGACAUGUUGCCCUAGCAAAAUAUUGACUUCUUUCUUUUUUUCCUUCAGAAAAAUAAGCACCACUCUUUCCUAUAGACCUAACUAAGGAAGGUAGUCAGCUUUAAGAGGCUGAGAUCUAAUAAAAUAUAGCAAGGCUGCCAUUUGUCUCGUUUGAUGAAUGAGGCACUCAUGAUUGGGAGGAAUUCGUGUUCACUAGAACCAGCUAAAAUGUCUGUUGCAAAGCUGAGGAAAACCACCAUGAUGCUGCUAAAUUGAGAAGCAAAUAAAAACCAAAAUUGCUCUUUUCAGUCCUUGCAAAUUAGGAAGGAAUCUUGCCAAAAAUAAACAUCUUCAUUUCAGACCUAAUUUAAAAAUGUAUGCUAUCCCAAAAUGUGAGCUCACUAUGGAGUGAAUAUUCUGGCUUAUCAUUUCUGAGUGACUUGAGUAUGUAACUAGGAAAACUUCUACAGUUGAUGAGAAUUCAAAUCUUCUAACUUGACAUUUUAGCGCAAGGUAGUAAUUGCUUUCAGGGAAUAACUGAAUUAAAUAGGAAAAAAUACAAAUAAUUGAUCUUUGUAAACUUAAAACCUUGAAUGUCUGUAUUUGUUGCUUCCUUCCCAUUUAAGAGUAAUCUGUAACCUUUGCGGGAUAGGUUUGUGAAAGUGUCUGUGAGCCCUGUUCAAAUAUUCAUGAUCAACAGGCCCACAACCCAAGGAUUUUAUGUCCAAAAGCAGAACUGAAAAAAGAAAUCAUUGCUCAUACAACUGCAUAGUGUGCAAUGCAGAAAGGGGCAAAUAUAUUUUAAUUAUGAGAAGAUGUAUUUACUAAUAAAGAAUUCUCCAAAAAACAAAAUUCUCAAAAAUUUUAAAAUUUGUAGGUAGUUUCCCUCUUUUCAUCCUAAAGAAGCUUAAUUUCUUUAUUGAGGGCUAAA